AUGUUGCAAGUUAAUGUCAAUAAUAUAUUCUUCAGAUCGUAUUCGACAGAUCCCAUAUCUGGCCAUACCAUCUAUGUUUUCGAUUCAACAUAUCUUCCAGAACCAGAAGAAGUCAAGGACAAACAAGUUUAUGACUUGCUCAUUGAUGAGCUUAUGGACAAGUUGAUUGAUAUGAUACCCUGUGCGCCAUUCUCUCUGGUUGUAUUUACUUCGGGCUUCUCACAAAAGAAGAUAAGCUGGAUAUAUGGUGUGAAAAUGUUUUCUAAACUCCCCAAAGAGCUACGUGGGUUUUUGCAGAAGACCUAUAUCGUACAUGAAUCCUUUUUCAUUAGGACUGUUUACCAGGUGCUAUCAAAUGCUAUGAAUAUUAAAAAUUUGGGCAGUGCUUACUCGUUUCAAGAUACAAAGACAUUAGACACACCUUCAAUGGUUCAUGUUUCCACUUUGACGGAACUGUCACAAUCGAUAGACAUUACAAGGCUGCGGAUCUCGCUGAACGUUUAUCUUCACGAUUACCAAAUUGACGACUACAUCGAUGUGCCACAAGAAUAUUUCUCACGAUUAUCACCUCUCGGAAGCCGGCAAUAUAGACAGCUGGUAUUCGACAGGAUUUUUAAGAGAUUAGAGCUUGAAGCUCCGACGACUGAACUGGUAUUUCAGAGACCUGGCUCUUACAAGAGAGUAAAUAUUCUGCUCGAUAUUAUCGAAAGGAAUAACUAUAUCGACCUGUCCCAGUGGGACAUAUAUUCCCUGGCAUCAAUCUUCUUGCAUUUUCUCAAGAACAAAUCACAACCUCUGAUACCAAUUGACCUGAUACCUCUACCAAUCAAAGACAAUUACCAAUUCACUUAUGAAACCUUUUGCACAAUAAUAAAAAGUAACCAGUACUAUGAUCUCUUAGAAGCCAUUUUCCCGCUUUUCAUCUCCAUAUUAGACUCCGCAGAGACUACAAAGCACGACCGGAAUACAUUAAGUAAAGCUUUGACUCCAACUCUAUGCAAGGAAAAAGUUUCCAUGAUGAGUAGCGACCGUUUAGCCAUGGGUGGCCGUUUCAUUAGAAAUUUAUUUGAAUAUUUUCCUGCAAUUGUGGAACGUAUCAAUACGGCUAGAACUGGUAGAACAAAGGCUACUCCGUCCACGCAGAGCACUGCAGAUACUCCAUUAAUUAAUUUGGAGCCACCACAACCCCCAAGAGCGAGGAAAUCAAGCCCCACAAAAUAUGGGAUGUUGGAGCGGAGGCAGCAGGCUAGUCCUUCCAGGUCAUCUUCACAACAGUCCGAUCCUGAGCGAUCAACUAGUUCGUCAUCAACUUUAUUUGGAGAUGGGGCUCCUCUGCUGAAGCCAAGAGAAUUAAGCUCAUCUGUACGGUGGGCUAGCGAUUCAACAACGACGUUGUCGGAAGAAAACAACAUGUCGAGAUCAUCUUCCCCAUCCAGAACCCCCGAAGCAAUUAAGCAAAUGGUUACUGAUGACACUGAGAAACAUGUCGGAAAGGAGGAUGGAGACAAUAGUUCCAACAGGAUAUCAGUGGAUUUGAGUCAACUGAAACUAGAGCCACAGCAUAAGAUAGUUCAAUUUGAUAAAAACUUGCAACGACAAAGGAUACUGAAUGGUUUGGCCAGCUCAAAUGCUAAGUUCUCAACGGAGGGAUAUUCUGACAUUAAGGUGGGCAAUAAAGUUGGGAAACUUGCUGCACUGUAUGAAGAAAGAUUACAAGGUUUGCAAGUUCUCAAUGAAAUUAAACGAAACAGUGGAUAA